AUGGCACAGACAGGCGUCAGGGCGCUGUUAAUCGAGAAAAGGACGUCUAGAACACACGUCGGCCGUGCAGAUGGACUGGAAAGUCGCACCCUGGAGAUCCUGGACAGCUUUGGAAUAGGCCAGCAGAUAUGGAAUGAGGCAAAUCGCACUGUAGAAAUUUGUCUUUGGGACGACCGCAAAGAAGGCCUCCUUCGACGACAAAAGAUCUCCGCGAAUACCACACCAGGGCGUUCUAGGUUUCAGGAAUGCACGUUGAGCCAGGGCCGAGUUGAGGAGCAUUUGCAGAAAUUCAUCGAAUCGCACAAGAAUGUCGAGAUUCGACGAGGAACAGUUCCCACUUCUCUCGAAAUUGACCAUGCUCUCCUUGGUGAUGCUACUGCAUACCCCUUUCGAGUGCGUCUCGGAAACGCCCCUGUAGAAUCACGCAGCUUUCGCAAGCCCACAACCACAGUGGAAAAUUCCACAUGUCCAGAGAGCCAUUUUGAGGAGGUAGCAGCCAGAUACGUUGUCGGGUGCGACGGAGCCCACAGUUGGGUAAGGGCACAACUUGGAUUUCGCCCGGCAGGCAACUCUCUCAAUGAGCAGUGGGGGGUCCUUGACUUUGUACCAAUAACAAACUUCCCCGACAUCCGCAAAAGAAACGUGGUCAAAACCAGAUUUGGGAACCUUAUGAUUAUACCGCGAGAGAGAAGGAUGGUGCGGGUGUAUGUCCAAGUGUCCUCCACCACUGCCGCAGAGUACAAAGACUGUGAGAAUCGCGACUUGCUUAUGGAUGCUAUUCGGACCAUCAUGCAGCCUUAUUCCUUUAGUUAUUCACAUGUUGAAUGGUCUACUGUAUAUGAUGUUGGCCAAUGGAUCUGCCCUCAGGUUUCCCAUGCGGACCGCGCCUUCCUCGCUGGCGAUGCUGUGCAUGCGCAUUCCCCUAAGGCAGGCCAAGGUAUGAAUGCCAGCAUCCAAGAUGCCUAUAAUCUCGGCUGGAAGCUUGCCUCUGUGAUUCAGAGCGCCAUGCACCCGAGGAUGUUGCAAACGUACGGAGAAGAGAGGCUCAUGGUGGCGGAAAGACUGGUCAAUUUUGAUAAACGCAUCUGCAGAUAUAUGUGUGGAGUGAAGUCAGAGACGAGACCAUACGGCUCAUUCGACAAUGACCAUAUAUGCGCUCUUGAAGAGGAAAACUCCUCUGCAUCAGGCAUAGCGGUCACUUAUGCACCGAACGCCUUGAUUAGCUCAACAAAGCCACGGUGCUGUCUUGAAAGGGCCGGAUUGGCGCUUCCAUAUUUCAGCAAGCCCCAUCUGGCUAGGAAUAUCAAGAUCGGUGCUAGGAUGCCGAGCGAAAUUGUGGUCAGCCAGAGUGACGCUCGGCCGUGGGAAGUUCAAAGUCUCCUGAAAAGCACAGGGGAGUGGAACCUGAUUGUCUUUGGCGGCGAUAUCUUACAGGAGGCUCAAAGAAUACGAAUCAAUGCAUUAGCAACUGCACUCUCCUGUGAGGGCUCAUACAUGCGCCGAUUAAAUGAAAGACGCCAUGAGGGAUAUGUUGUUGGGACUAUCUCCAUCUACCUGAUUCAUUCCGCGAGUAGACUGGAUAUUGAGUUAUUAGAUCUGCCAGAAAUCUUCAGGCCGUUCAGUGAUAUGCAUGKGGUGGACUAUGGACGUGUUUAUGCAGACGAGAAGUCGUAUCACAAUGGUGGGGGCAAUGCAUAUUCGUCCUAUGGUAUCGCACCGGAAGGCUGUAUGAUUCUCCUCAGACCGGACCAGCACAUUUCCUUUAUCGGAGACUUGGAAGAUGUUGCCAAUCUCUCUAGAUAA